GUCCCCUCGUCCCUGACCUCUCCGGAGCCCUCGGCCCCGCCAUGGGGCGGCUGUGACGGGGCCAAGAGGCAGCAGGCACCGGGGCAGGACGAGUGUUGGAGGGGUUGGAUGGGACCAGUGACACCUCCAGGGACACCGCUGGACACGGUAAGAGGCCCCGUCCUGCCCCCAGCUCUAAGGAUGCACCAACUGCUCCUGCUCAGCUCCCUCUGGCUCCUGGCAGCAUCGCCAGCAUCCAGCAUCUUCCAGCAGCCAACGGGGACCCCAGCACCCCCCCAACUGCAGUACCUGUUGGAGCCCCUCCACGGCGCGGUGCAGACCCAGCGGGGAGCCACGGCCACGCUGCCCUGCGUCCUGCGUGCCCUGCCCAGCAACUACCGGGUGAAGUGGAGCAAGGUGGAGCCUUCCAGCUACGGGGAGAGCAUCAUCAUCAUCACCAACGGGCUCUACCACAGGAACUACGGCCCCCUGAGCCCCCGGGUGCGGCUGCGGCGCAGCCACCGCUACGACGCCUCCCUGACCAUCACCGACGUGGCCCUGGAGGACGAGGGGCGGUACCGCUGCCGCUUGGUCAAUGGGCUGGAGGACGAGAGCGUCUCCCUCACCCUGCACCUUGAAGGCGUUGUUUUCCCCUACCAGCCCAGCAAUGGGCGCUACAAAUUCAAUUACCACGAAGCCAAGAAAGCCUGUGAGCAGCAGGACUCCCGCCUCGCCACCUACCAGCAGCUCUACAAAGCCUGGACAGAGGGUCUGGACUGGUGCAAUGCUGGAUGGAUCCUGGAUGGCACCGUCCAUUAUCCCAUCAUCAACUCACGGGAGCCCUGUGGUGGCCGCCUUCUCCUGCCAGGAGUCCGGACCUAUGGGGCCAGGGACAAGCAGAAGGACAGAUUUGAUGCUUUCUGCUUCACUUCUGCUCUUCAAGGCCAGGUUUACUUCAUCCGAGGCCACCUGAACUUCAAGGAGGCUGUCCAAGCCUGUCACAACCAGGGAGCUGCCGUGGCCAAAGUGGGGCAGCUCUACUCCGCCUGGAAGUUUUCCCAGCUGGAUCGCUGUGACGGGGGGUGGCUGGCAGAUGGCAGUGUCCGCUAUCCCAUCACCACCCCCCGACAGCGCUGCGGGGGCCUCCCCGACCCCGGCGUCCGCAGCUUCGGCUUCCCCAGCAAGGAGCUGCGAACCUUCGGCACCUACUGCUACCUGGGCAAGUAGGGAGGGAAGGGACAGCACUGGGACUCCCCCAAGGGGGGUAUGGGGGGGACCUUCUGAUGAUUUGGGGUGCUCGGUGCCCCCCCGAUGGAGCGGUAGAGCCGUGCUCGAUGUCUCCCCCCCCCCCAUGGAGCCGCUCCCCAGCCCGCUCCAGGGCUCGGGGAUUGUUUGGGGCUCAGC